CCUCACAUCCUUCACCUAGGUAGAUUUUAUGUCUCUGCAAUUCAAUCUGCAACGUUCGAUUUCCUACUUUGAACUGUACUAGAAAGGCAAAGUCGUGGCAGGCGGCAGCAGCUGUUUAGGUGGGUACUUGGUGUCAGGAUUACAGUAGCUGACCGCCCAGGCGCAACCCCGGCAGUGUAAGGCUUCUUGUAUUAGUGAGGUGCCUACCUUAGGUACAUUAUGUACCUAAUGUAUACCUACCUAGGUAUGUGCAGAUUUUUUGCGUUAAAAAAGGGAAAGAGCGAAUGCCUGGAAUAAAACUUGAAAUAACUACCUAGGUUAGGUAGUUGGUCAUUUGCACAAGAUCAAUUUCAUUCUAAACUUCAACAUUGUCACGUAUCGUUAAUACUACUACUUACCUACCUUAGGUGCCUCUUCUGAAGUUGACGUGUUUAUACAACCUUGAACAAUGUCUUCGCCGAACCUCACUACCAUACCUUUGGAAAUACUCUUCCUGAUCGUUUCACACCUCAAUAGACGAGACUUUACAGCUGCUCGCUUGGUCUGUAAACAACUUGAAGGCUCGCUCUUCCGAGAAUUCGCUCAAAAAUACUUCACUAUGAUCCGUUUCAUGUGUACCGAAUAUAGCCUACAGGCUCUUGCGGACAUCUCAGAGUCCCGCCUGUCGCCCUACCUAAAACACGUAGUUAUUGAGGCAAGUCUCCAUUUCGAACACUUCGAUGGAGCUCAUGAAUACGACAGUAGUGACGACUUGUCUACCGAGAUGCAAGUCAGUAUCAACAAGUUUACCCAACUAGCCGCCGACCAGUUAGCAUUUCUAAAUACUGGACGCCAUCAGCAAUUACUUAUCAAAGCCUUUCGUAAUCUAAAACUCGAAAGAGUCGGGAUUUGUGAUUCGGUUCGCGACAAUCCGUGCAAUUGCGCUAGCCAUAAGGCCAUCAGUUUAGGAACUUCCCAGGUCUAUAGGGAAAUCGGCGCCUCGCCCUAUACAUUUCGUGUAGGGAGGCCUCGUCGGACACCCUUAUCUGGAAUCAACAGGUGUGUGCAGCCUGUACUAUUUGCGCUAGGAGAAUCAAGAUCAAGGCCGAGACGACUUGAUAUUUGCGCAAUGAUGGAUCUAUUGAAUGAUGAGCAAACAUUUCACAUCCCUAGCUUUGCGAAAGAUACUAUCUUGCCUAUAAUCUGUGGGCUAGAAAUUAUCGAUUUUGGGUUCAACCUGGGUUGCUCCUUUCCACGCCUGAUUUCACCAAAUGUUAGAAGCUUGGAUUUAUUCGGGGAGUAUUAUUUAUACACAUUCCUUUCACAUGCAACCCGUCUCGAAGCCUUACAUCUCAGAGGCAUGCAGUGUGAAGUGGUGGAGAUAUGUUCCAGUUGUUAGGGGCUCCGAUUUCAUUUAAUGAAAACGGAAGACCACCUAAGCUCAAGCCGCUAGAGUAUACGAAAGUCUAUGAGUGUGAGAUUAAGAAGUGCCUGACUUGGACGACGGACGUCUUUUCUCUUAUUCGAAAAUGCUCUAGCCUCCGAAAAUUAACCCUUAUUGAUAUAGGUUUCCUGGAGUGGGA